UACUAGACCCAGACCUAGGCUAGGUAGAUAAGGUCUGAUUCUAAAGCGACGAAUUGAACUAGAGCCUACCGAUCCGGCGCUUGCAGCUGUCACGCCUCUGUUUCUUAUCGCCCGCAUCAUAUGUAAACGAUACCCGGCCUAUUUUCCCUAUUUCCUUAAUCUGCGGAUCGUCCAUCUCUCGCAUUUCUUCUAUGCUUCCAACCAUUUCUCUGUCCAUUCGUCUAAUUGUCGUAUGUGUGGUGCGUUUUGGCGCAUGACUACACACCUACACAGGUACCUGCGAGGUUACUUUGAUGGCAUAACGCGGGGUUUGAGAGAACCCAAUCAAGUUUGAUGGACCUUAGUACAGUGAGCGGUGUCGUUGAAGCUCUAGUUGCAACGUACCUCGCUGGCCUCGAAUACUACACCAAGUGGCAGCAACGGACAUGGCAGAAACAUCGAUAUGAGGCGCAUACGAAAGCCAACCCAUGUGGCGGAAAUGCUUGUGCUUUAAGUAUCUCGUUGGGGUUUUCAGCUCGCAAGAUUAGAGACGCGUUUGAUGGAGGUGUGGAUAUUCUUGGUGAUGGCUUCGCAACGGGUGACGAGAUAUGCCGCAGCGCUCUGCAAAACAAUCUCGAACUUUUACAAGAGCGCAUAUAUGCGCUCUACCAAGAGAUACGGGCUAAGAACAGCCCGCUUGAUCUUUUGGAGGCCGUGCGCGUCUCUGAACGUGUCCGUAUCUCUGUUCUAGCUGCCUUGGCCGGUCAAUAUAAACGGGUAGCCGUCGGCCGCCUGGUGCCUUCAGUCCUGCCUGGGUCUGAGCAGCGGUCGAGACUUAGCGCUACAAUCGAAGAGGAAACCGUGAAGCCUGAUGAUGAUGAUGACGACGACGACAACGAUAACGUCGCCAACGAUGAUGCGGUCGAAUGUGCGCAAGCAGACUACGGCGCUAGAAGCACCUGCAUAUCGCCAUAUAUGCAGUCAGAACCUCCCUCGCCGCCGCCAACCCCCAAACAAAGCCUCGAUGAUAGCCAGUCUUCCUAUACCUCCACUAUGUCUACACCGCGGCCGAAGAAUAGCGUAUUCAGUAUGUUUUGCCCGGAAGCGCUGAAAUAUCAAGUCAAUCCACGGAAGACAUUGCCGAGGCGGCGGAAUUGCAGAUGCGGGUAUGACUGGAAUGGGGUGCAAACUGAAGACCAGACAUCUGCGACGGUGAAGGAGGGAUUCCAGAUUACCGCCAGAUUCUUAGGGAAAUCUCACUGUGAUGGCGGAUUCGGAUGUGUACUAUGUACCUCCAACGGGAGAACAGAGACGUAUUCCAACGUCGAUGAUUUGAAAGAUCAUAUCAAUGCCUCUCAUACUAAGUGGCAACUGCUUCAUGAUCGAGACAUGGUCGGUCAGUAAGGAACUAGUGUGUUACACGGAUUGGAGAAAGUCUAUCAAGUCUAGCAGUGCCAUGCAGAGUGUAGAAUAAUAUGAGGGAAUGUUGUAUGAAAGGCAAGACUUAGAAAUUCAUGAGUAUCUAGGAGUAGAUACCUACCCAAGUAUAUACGUGAAAACUGCUUUGGGGUCCUGCUAUCGAUUAGGUGAUAUGUAGGGGUGUGUGAAUGUAGUGAAACAC